UGGCUUGAUUUUCUCACAGCUCCAGCGGCAGGGAAACACACCCGUCAGCAGCGCGCAUUGGAGACAAAAAAAAAGCGCAUCACGGACAAAGGAAAUAUGGGUGCACUGGAGAGGAUCCACCUCAGCCGGGUAACACAAUGGAUGAGCCGCUUCUGUUUCGCUUGCCCGGAGACCAAUUAGCCCACCUUAAUGAGGUGCUGGGAUGCGAGAUACUGCAAGCUAAAAAGGCGGAAGGCUGCGUUUAAUCCGUCUGCGGAUCCUAUGAGCUUGCAAUGGCUGUGGCGGGGAUAUGCAACUGGAUAGGGAAUAAUGUGCCUUUUUAUUUUGUGAUAUUUUCCUUAUUUUGUGGCCUUUCCUUUGGACAGUUGCGGUAUUCUAUUACAGAGGAACUGGAAAAUGGGGCACUGGUCGGUGAUCUGGCGCAUGACUUGGGGCUGGAUAUUCGAAAGCUCGCCACCCGAAAAAUCAAGGUAACCUCCAACAGCGGUAAGCGCUAUGUGAUUGUCAACCCUAAAAAUGGGAAAUUACUCGUCAAUGAAAGGAUCGACAGGGAGGCGCUGUGUGAUCUGUCCAGCACCUGCCUCAUAAAUCUGGAGGUGCUGGUCGAAAACCCCACUGAGGUGCACCAUGUCGAGGUGGAGAUUGUGGACGCCAAUGACAAUGCGCCACAGUUCCCCAGAGACGAGUACCAACUGGAAAUCACUGAAUCUGCUUUACCGGGCUCUCGUUACCCGAUUGAAAACGCUCAAGAUCCAGACAUUGGGUCCAAUUCAGUCCGCAUGUAUCAGCUCAGCACAAACGACCAUUUCGCGCUGGUGUCCAACAAACCCUCCCUAAAUACAAAGCACAUCGAGCUUGUGCUCAAAAAGCCCCUCGAUCGCGAGCAGACGCCUUAUCACCAGUUAAUUCUAAGUGCUGUGGACGGUGGGACACCAGAGAAAACAGGGACAGCGAAAAUCAAUGUGCGGGUCCUGGACUCAAAUGACAAUGUUCCUCUGUUUGACAGCUCAGUGUACAAGGUGAAACUGUUGGAAAACUCGCCCAAAGACACGCUGGUGAUCAAACUGAAUGCCACUGAUCUAGAUGAGGGCACAAAUGCAGAGGUUUAUUACUCUUUCAGCAGUUACACUCCAGAGAGGGUGAGGCAGAUGUUCAGCAUGGACACUAACACAGGAGAGAUAAGAGUGAGAAGCAAUGUUGACUAUGAAGAGACCAACUCCUAUGAGAUGUACAUCCAGGCGAUGGAUAAGGGCCCCGGGGCCGUGGCAGCACACUGCAAGGUGGUGGUGGAGGUGGUGGAUGUGAAUGACAACGUCCCUCAGAUAGUUUUGUCGUCUCUGUCGAGUCCUGUGAGGGAGGACGCCCGUGCUGACACAGUGGUGGCCCUCAUUAGUGUUACUGACCGGGAUUCUGGCGCCAACAAGCAGGUGAGCUUAGAGAUCCCAGCAGGCCUUCCAUUCAAGAUCAAGUCAUUCAGAAACUACUACACUCUGGUUACCUCAGCCUUCCUGGACCGCGAGACCACUGAUGCCUACAAUGUCACUCUGAGUGCCACAGAUGGAGGAAAUCCUCCCCUUUCCUCCCAGAAGACCAUACAGGUGGAUGUGGCUGAUGUAAAUGACAACCCACCGCGAUUUGAGCAGACUUCGUACACAGUGUAUGUGGCUGAGAACAAUGCCCCCGGGGCCUCUUUGUGUACUGUGAAAGCUCAAGAUGCAGACAUCAAAGAGAAUGCACGCAUCACCUACACAGUGCUCAAUGACAAUAACCAUGGCAUCCCUGUCACCUCGUAUGUGUCUGUGAAGGCCGAUACUGGGGAGGCUUAUGCCCUGCGAGCCUUCGACUAUGAGUCACUGAGAGAGUUUCACUUCCAGGUCAAAGCCCAAGAUGGGGGUAUUCCUCCACUCAGCCGCGUUGCCACUGUCUACAUCUACAUAAUGGAUCAGAAUGACCAUGCACCACUGAUAGUAAACCCUCCUGGCAAUGGCACGCGCUCCUUAGAGACAGUACAAAAGAAUGCUGAGCCUGGCGCCAUGGUGACCAAAGUGGUGGCAUAUGAUGCAGAUGCUGGUCCAAAUGCCUGGCUGGUUUAUGUCCUGGAGACGGCCACUGACCUGGACUUGUUCAAAGUGCAUGAACACACGGGCGAGAUCAGGACCACUAGGAGGAUCCUGGAAGACAACUCAACCUCCUUCGCCCUAACCGUCGUUGUGAAGGACCAUGGCCAGCCUGCUCUUUCCUCCACCGCCACCAUCAAUGUGGCUGUCAUGGAGGUGCCACCAAAAGUGGCCCCUGACCCCAAGAGGAUCAUCCGACCUCACAGCACACUGCUUUUCUCCAACGUGACCCUCUAUUUGAUCGUGGCUUUGAGCGCCACAACCUUUGUUUUCCUGGUCACUGUGGUGGUGCUCGCCAUCGUUCGCUGUCACGCCUACUGCACCCAGCCGGGGUCCUGCUCCCCUUGCUGUGUGUCACAGAAGCCCCCUCCAGAUGGCGGGAGCAGCAGUGUAAGUGCUGGCGGGGCAGGCGGUGGUGCAGCCGGGGGACAGCCUAAUAACAAUGUGGUGCUUCGGAGAGACCUUAAAGUGGAGCCUCACUACAUUGAAGUGCGUGGGAAUGGCUCCCUAACGAAGACUUACUGCUACAAGACCUGCCUGACAGCCACCUCUGGCAGUGACACUUUCAUGUUCUACAACACAGGACGGCCCAUCAGCGGCACCUGGGGCAGCGGUGCUGACCGCUUCUUCACCAGUGGGAGUGGAUUUGUACGGAGACUGAGUAUGCCUGAUGCCUCACUGCAAAUCUGCCCAGAGCCAAAAGCCCCGAAUGCUGACUGGCGAUAUUCGGCAUCUUUAAGGGCAGGGGUGCAGAGUUCUGUCCACAUGGAGGAGUCCUCAGUGAUGCAAGGAGCCCAGGGCAUGCUGGUCCAGAACUGGCCCACAGUAUCCAGUGCUGCAGACGGAGAGGGUGGUGGAGAGCUCUCACCCCCAGUGGGCGCAGGAGUCAACAGCAACAGCUGGCACUUCAGAUACGGCGCUGGACAAGGCUACGGGCCUCCUCAGCCCCUGAAACCUGGAGAGAUCCCCCCUGAAGCCUUCAUCAUCCCCGGAUCUCCAGCCAUCAUUUCUAUCCGCCACGACUCGGGCCCAGUGGAUGACAAAGGUGACUUCAUAAGCUUUGGGAAGAAGGAGGAGGCGAAGAAGAAGAAAAAGAAGAAGAAGGACAAGAAGGACAAGAAGGAGAAAGGAAAGGAUGAUGGUGAUGAAUAGAGGAGAAAGGGCUGGAUUGAAAGCAGAGCUACCGACAAACUACCAUCUCAAUUCCAGAGCCAGAAAAAUAAGCCAAACGCAUAUUGUAGAACCAAGGGAGCCUGCUUGCACCACAUUUGCAUAGACAUUGUACAGUGGCCAAAUCCUCAUUAGACCAGGCCUGGCUCCCCACAUCAUGCGAACUAACUUGCUAUAACUUUGGCCAAUAAAAGUCUGUGGUUUAUUGUAAACAAACAAUCUUUAUCUAAAGACUGGACCAAAUUUCAACAGAAAGGAUUUUAUUGGCUUAGAUGAGCCUUUCUGUUAUUUGCUGCCCAACAUCCCCAACCCCUCACCCGAGGUUUGUAUAAUAAAAACGAAAGCACCUGAAAAGGUGUACUAUUUGUAUCUGACCAUUGUCAGCUGAGGCUGCCUGUGUUGACAUCUCGGGCCUCCUUCCUUUUUAGCUCGCCGAUAGGAAGUGAAAGCCAAACUAACAGAACUAACGGAAGGGGGAAAAAAAAAAGAAACAGAGGCUUUUGUUUUCAGUAUUAUGGAGGCCUUGUAGAAAUUCUGAAAAUGAGGUCUUUUGUAAAAAAAAAAAAAAAAAGAAGCAAAAAACGAAAAAGUAACAAUAUACAGUAUGCGUACCAUCAGCUUAGCACCUUUGUGAGAAUGAGGUGGCUGAGAGAAGCUGGACCACACUCGAAUAUAGAGCUCUGUUUCAGUGUAACAUAGCACAUUGCAGAGGCUGAGGACCUGGACUAGGUUGCACCAACUAUGCGCAAGUUUGUUCCCAGGUUAGUUUAUGAAGUAGUGGCUUCUAAAUUGCUAGUUCAUUUGCAUUUAGCAAGUUGCUAAAUUCGAUUGGAGCAUGGCUAUUGAAGGGGUGAGGCUUGAGGCUGUAUCUUUUUAUAAGAUUAAGAUUUGAGAUGAGUAGCCAAUCGGUAACAGCAAUAUCAUGCUGAUGUGUGCAAACCACAUAGAUUUUUCACUAAUAGAUUGGCAGAAAAAUGACAAUUGGUUUCCAUAUUUGACUCCUAAAGGACAAUAUUAGUUUUUGCAUGUUUUAGUCCACUCUCAACAAAUUAUUUUACACUUAACAUCACUGCUAACCAAUUUCUAAAUCACAUCUUUGGAAUUUUUGUUUUGUUUUGUGGAAUUUUUCGAUUUUGCAGGCAGCUAUUGAUUCUUUUACUGAAUUGUAGCACAGCAUUCUAAUAAAAUCAGCUGAGACUCAAAAUUGCGUCACACUAAAACUCAUCAAAGUGAACACAGCAUUUGGUUUUGUUGUUGUUUCAGGUACUUUUUGUCAUGUGAUAACGUGGCUCCUGCAUUUUCAUGAUAACGUAACCUUAGACAAAUAAAACACAGACAUGACAGAUUAGCUGCUGGAUUUAAAAGAAGUCUCAGCAUAUGAAUUAUUUAUAUUUUAUGGAAUCAAGUGGGAACCAGAUGUUGCCUGAAGGAAAGGAAACCCAAGGAAAAGAGUGCGAACUCAAGUGGAAAAUAGUUUGCAGUAUCAUGUUAAAUGUAGAAAAUGGACAAAAGCAUUCAAAAUAACUGCUGUGGCCCUUCAAGUUGCAAAACAGUGUGGGACUGCUGAAGAAAAAAAAUGCUGUGAGCAGGGGGAAAAAAAAGAAAAAAAUCUUGCUUUACUGUUAGUGAGUGCAGUUGUGUGGCUUUGUAUCAUUUACACCUGCUUUAUUGCUUGCUUAAUUAUUUACUUGUUGCUUAAGGUUCUGUUCUAACAGACUUUUGUGGUGGUACCGCUUGUAAUUUAGCAAAGAAUUGGGAUUAGUGGCUACCUCGGAUAUAACUAGGGAACCUACGUGCAGCUGAUGCAACCGGCCCCUCACCUUGCCUCUUCUUUUGGAAUAUGGCACAGGUCAACGGGGUCUUAAUCCCACUGUGUAUUAGCACACACAGUCUGACACACACAUUACUGUACACAAACACUGACUCAACCUGACUCCUACCCACACGCACAAACACGCAAACACAUACAUCCUCUAUUCCACUACAUAGGAAUACAUAAACUAUAAAUAUACGAAAAGAAUACACAGCCCUUUCUGGAAACUCCAAAACUGAAGGCCGAUGCCAUCCUUAAUAUGGGAGUGUAUUAUAUGGCUGGGACGCAGGAAACGUUGCUCGUCGCUUCAUUUCUGUUCAAGCCUGAUCCCUCUACUUCUGUCUUUGAAUGUUAAGUAGUUGUUCUUCAAGCCCUGCACCACUGCCUCGACUGCUUCAGUGCUUGUAGGAUUUGCUUGCCCGCUGCCUGUUUCCUCCCUCUACUCCUGCUUCCUCGAAUCAACAUGGUUGGACGACAUCUUUAGAGUCACUCUCCUUCAAUGAACUGUGCAGUUGUAACACAGUAACAUUUGUGUAUUUUGCAUAUUUACACACACACAGAGACACACACACACACACACACACACACACACACACACACACACACACACACACACACACACACACACACACACACACACACACACACACACACCGCACUCGUAUAUACAUCUUUUGUUUGAUUCAACCGAGCUUCAGCGCUUCAGCCAGAGUGUCUCCUCUGAUUGCUCGUUGUUGACAGCUCUGUCAACCCUCGCAUGGGUUGUACGUAUUGUGUUGUGAGGACGCCUGACGGGUUAGCAGAAGCUGAGAUUAUGGUGUUCUGGAUAUAAUGAGACAAGAUGGAGUGGCAAAAACGAAGAGUCAGAAUAUAGCAGUCAUUGUAGUGUGUUGUAUAGAUUCAGUGUAAAAGAAAAACGAAACUAUUUGGGAGGUGUUGCAAUUAUCCCUGUGUCUCCAAUUAGUCAGAACUGAUCAGCUUGGGUUAAAAAGUAAGCGUAUCUCAGUUCGGCAACAGUGUUAAGAAGCUGUUGAAUUCAGUGAGGGAAGAAGUGGGGAUGAAUCACAAUGUUCAAAUUGAUUAUGGUGCACCAGUGAGAGGUAACAGCAAGCAAAACUCAACAUUUGCACGUGGCAAGACUUUAGAAUUAUACUGUUUUGCUUUAUUGCUACAUAUAAACGUCAGGAAAGCUGCUGGGAGGUGCUGUGAUAGAAGCGUCCGGGUUGAGCGGUGAUCCCAGUGUAAUUAAAAUUUGGCCCUGACAUUGUGAUUCCCAGAUCUGGCAUGGUAGAGAAAGCAAACAGUAGAUAUUGGAGCAGCAUCAACGUGAUUAAAAGUGUCAUAAAACCUCACCUCAGUGUUCCUUCUCUUAGACCAUCGUGUUACCAAUCACUGUAGGGAUAUAUAGGUGCUGCUAUCCAGCUCAAACCCUCCCAUGCACACGAUUCCUUCCCCCCUGCCCCGUUCUUCAGGUGUACUUCUGUGCUGUCAGAUCACCAAGUGGCUGUUUGCAUGUUAUAAGCAAAGGAAACAGAUAAUAUAUAGAUACUAUAUAUACAUAGAUAUGUUUUUUCCACUGGGAAAUGCGUAUUGGAAUACAUAUACCUCUGAUACACAUUCUCAAAGACAAAACACAUACAUUAAAAGACUUUCACAUAAACAUACAUGCAUAUAGUGCAUACAGAUACGCCAUUGCGAACAGUCAUUUGUGGAAAAACCUUAAAAGUAUCACAUUUUUUAUCCUGUUGAAAAUGAAUUUAAUCUUCUAGAUAUACAUAAUGCUAUUGUGUUAUGCUAUGAAAUGCCUUUUUUUCUGUUUCUACCCAUAUGAUUUUCAUAGAUAAGAAAAUCAAUCCUUAAACUUGUGUUAAGCGUCGAAACGAUGAUCGAACACUAUUGUGAAAUCAUUUACUCACCCUCCAUAUCUAUUCCUUGCCCUGUAGAGAAAAAGGCAGAAAAACAAGAAAAAAAAAAUCAUUAAAAAAUGCAUAAAAUGGUCUAAAAAAAAUAAAGUUGAUGUAUUCUCUGCUUGUGUAUAGUGAAUGUUCCUCAGUCGCUGGGUGUGGCAGUGAGUGACACAUUCCAGUCGGCUGUGACAGUGCAGAUCUGUUAAUAACUUUUUUGUACACCUGCUCAUCAUUGUAAUGGUGAUAAUAGUGAUUCUUAUGAUUUCAUCAAUCUGGUAAUGUGUUUUGUUAAUAAGUCACAAAUAAAGUUUUUUUCUUAAAUAUCUUCAA